AUGACUGAGCUGUGGUAUGAGCAGCCCGCGGCGAGCUGGAAUGAAGCUCUACCAGUUGGCAAUGGACGCCUCGGUGCUAUGGUUUACGGCCGCACUGACACGGAACUACUGCAACUGAACGAGGACUCUGUGUGGUAUGGAGGUCCGCAGGAUCGCACACCACAGGAUGCCCUAGUAUAUCUUCCUCGUCUCCGAGAGGCGAUUCGUGCCGGAAAUCACAAUGAAGCCGAACGGAUCGCUACUCUUGCAUUCUUUGCGAAUCCAAUCAGUCAACGGCAAUACGAGCCUCUGGGAACUUUCUUCUUGGAUUUCGGCCACGACCCUGCCCAGGUCAAUAAUUAUAAGCGAUCUUUGGAUAUUAAAAAUGCGACAGCUCAUGUAGCUUACGACUAUCAGGAAGUUCAUUAUGAAAGAGAAGUGAUAGCCAGUUAUCCCGACAGCAUUAUCGCCAUCAGGAUCCGGUCUUCGUCAAAAGCCCAAUUUAAUUUACGUUUGACACGGAUGAGCGAACUGGAAUUCGAGUCGAAUGAAUAUCUUGAUGAAUUGUGUGCUACACACAAUUCUAUCAUGAUGCAUGUUACUCCAGGAGGUCGAGAUAGCAAUCGUGCUUGCUGCACAGUCCGUGUACGAUGCGAAGACGAUGGAAAAGUCAGGAGGAUCGGGAAUAACCUGGUGGUCAAUUCUUCUGAUGCUCUUCUGCUUAUUGCCGCCGAAACAACAUUUCGCUUUGAGAAUCUCGCCGAGCAAACUUCUCAUGAACUUGACCAGGCCCUCCGUCAAUCUUCCGAUGAGCUCUGGAUAAAACACAGAAUGGACUACCAGACAUUGUAUCAAAAGAUGGAACUGCAACUUGAGCCCGAAAAUCGUGAAAUACCUACAGACAAACGACUGAAAUCCUCCAGAGACCCAGGGCUAAUUGCGCUCUAUCAUAACUACGGCCGCUACCUCCUAAUAUCUUGCAGCCGCGAAGGAUACAAGACCCUUCCUGCAAAUUUACAGGGAAUCUGGAAUCCUUCAUUCCACCCGGCCUGGGGCGGCAAGUUCACAAUAAAUGUCAAUCUCCAAAUGAGCUAUUGGCCUGCAAAUGUUUGCAAUCUUUCAGAAUGUGAGAUGCCUCUUUUCGAACUUUUACAGCGCCUGGCAAAAUCUGGCGAGAAUACGGCCCGGGUCAUGUAUGGAUGUCGGGGCUGGGCGGCACACUCCUGUACAGACAUAUGGGCAGAUACUGCUCCGGUUGAUCGAUGGAUGCCAGCAACUAUCUGGCCACUUGGAGGCGCGUGGCUUUGUUACCAUAUCUGGGAGCACUAUCGCUUCGUGGGCGACUCGCAGUUCCUCCGCCGCAUGUUUCCCAUCUUAGAGGGGUGUGUUGAAUUCUUACUAGACUUCUUGGUGGAGGAUAAACUUGGUGAACAUCUUGUCACCAAUCCCUCAGUAUCUCCGGAAAAUUCAUACUUGGAUUCUCAAGGAGAAAAAGGCGUCUUGUGUGAAGGAUCAACCAUUGAUAUCCAGAUUAUCGAUGCGGUCCUGGGUGUCUUUGAAUCUGCUCUCAAGAAACUAGAUACCACCCAUUAUCUCUCAAAACGAGUCAAAGCUACGCAGGCUCGAUUGCCCCCGAUGAAGAUCAGUGACCUUGGAUACCUCCAAGAAUGGGCUCUUGACUACGCAGAGGUUGAACCUGGCCACCGCCAUACCUCUCAUUUGUGGGCUUUAUACCCUGGGAAUACCAUUACCCCAGCACAAAAUUCGGAGCUGGCGGCGGCCUGUGGUGUGGUUCUACGGCGCCGUGCUGAAAAUGGCGGCGGUCAUACUGGCUGGAGUCGUGCGUGGCUCAUCAAUCUACAUUCUCGACUAUUAGAGACACACGAGUGCAAGGAACAUUUAGAUCGAUUGUUGGCUGAAUCAACUUUGCCGAAUCUUCUUGAUAGCCACCCUCCAUUCCAGAUCGAUGGUAAUUUUGGUGGCAGCGCAGGCAUUGUUGAAAUGCUGGUCCAAUCUCACGAGCCCGGUAUGGUUCGUCUUCUACCUGCAUGCCCAGAAGGAUGGAAAGGAACGAUUCGUGGGGUACGGGCCAGGGGUGGAUUCGAAUUGGAAUUCAGUUGGGAGAAUGGGCGUGUUAUAAGUGAUGUCCGGAUUACCUCCGUCCUAGGAGAGAAGACUACGAUUUGUUUUCCUGGUGAUGGAUUACAUGUAGAAAUUGAGGGAUCUGGUCUUCAUAUAAUUAGGGCACCAUAG